AUGGCGACGAGGGAGACCGAGCGAGGCUCCUCCGGCGGCCUCCCCGAGGACAUGAUCCCGGAGAUCCUCGCCUGCCUGCCGCCCAAGCACCUCCUCCGCUCCCGCGCCGCCUGCAAGGCCUGGCGCAACCUCGCCACCGACCCCGCCUUCAUCGGCAGGCACCACUCCUUCCAGCCACGGCAGCCCCUCGUCUUCACCUACGACGUCGGCGGCUGCCUCCAGGCCGUCGACCUCGCCACCAACAAGCGCCGGGCGGUCCUGCGGGUUAUCCAGAGGGUGCCCGUGCCCCGCCCCUUCGCCGACGACGGCCGCGGCGCACUCAUGGUCCACGGCUCGUGCAACGGCCUGCUCCUCCUCAGCUUCCACAGGUCCUUCUUCGUCUGCAACCCUGCGACGCGCCAAGGCGCUCGCCUGCCGCUGCUGCUUCAGGAUGGCCGACAUGUCGUGGGGUUCUACCAGCACGCCGCUUCCGGGGAGUACCGGGUGCUGUACCACGAGGCUGAGCGCCUGGGCCUCCAGAGCCGGCACUCCUACUACGUCCUCACGGUGGGAUCCCCGCAGGCCAGGAGCAUCGACCUUCGCACGUCGUCGGCUGAAGUGGGCGCUGGGCUGAUGAGAGGGCUGGAGAGCUCUCGCACAUCGCCGCCCGUCCUUAAUGGCAGCCUGCACUGGUCGCCGCAACAGAGCCAAGGGGGCGACAUACUGGUGUUCGACCAAGCUGCUGAGUCAUUCAGGCGGAUCUCUCCUCCCGCGGAGGCGAGCCUGACCAAGGACGACCACACGCAGCUGUUUGAGAUGGAGGGCAAGCUUGCCAUGUUCUGCUCGCCCCAAUUCGCAAAGAACAUGGCGGUUUGGUUCAUGGAUGACUACAAGGAGAUGCGCUGGGUCUGGAAGUACUGGGUUAAGCUGUCCUUCAAGCUUGCUUAUCAACCUAUACCGUUGCCACUUUGUCCGAUUGUCCUGUAUCAAGAGGGGGAUAUGCUGGUGUCCGAGGAAGUCUCUGACAAGGUGUUGCAUUGUGAUAAGACAGGUAAAUCGCAGGGGCCUGUUGACUGCUCUGCUGGGGGCACCAGAGUUACUCCACAUAUGCUCAAAGAAAGCCUUGUCCUCCAUGAGUUCCUUCAGACGCAGCGGAAUGAUGGUGCCUGUGAAUGGUUCUCCGAGGUCGAGUUCGCUGAUGGCUCGGAUACUGCAAUCUCUGGUGAUGAAACUCAAACUGAUUAA